AGGCGCGUUGAAGGAGAAUCGCCUGGUGGGUUGUUGAAGUCGUGGAGGUUUCCAGGUGCUGAGAUGGUUGUGCCUUCUGCUGCUGGGACUGGCGAUGGGGAAGCUUCGCGUCCCUUCUGACUGGGGGAGUUCGUUGUAGUUUCCGCUCCCGUGCCUCCAUUCAAGAACGGCCUGGUGUGUUUCCUGUCAGAAAACCGAGCUGUUGCUCCUGCACUCGCCCGCUACCUGGACCCCAGUGUGUAUGGGUGGCGACGGGCAGCCUUCCCUAUAUCUUCCCCUGUUCCCUAAUUUGGGGGAGAGACUUCUGGGUCCAGAGCUAGUUUGGUGUAGUGGUUAAGUGUGCGGACUCUUAUCUGAGAGAACCGGGUUUGAUUCCCUACUCCUCCACUUGCAGCUGCUGGAAUGGCCUUGGGUGAGCCAUAGCUAUCGCAGGAGUUGUCCUUGAAAGGGCUGCUUCUGGGAGAGCCCUCUCAGUCCCACCCACCUCACAGGGUGUCUGUUGUGGGGAAGGAAGAUAAAGGAGAUUGUAAGCUGCUCUGAGUCUCUGAUUCAGAGAGAAGGGUGGGGUAUAAAUCUGCAGUCGUCUUCUUCAGGUGCAGAGGUGUGCAUUUCUGCUUUGGCAGGUCUCUAGGUGAAGCCAGGAUGAAGCUGGUGCGGAAGGACAUUGAGAAGGAUAAUGCUGGACAAGUGACCCUCAUCCCUGAAGAGGCAGAGGACAUGUGGCACGCCUACAACCUGCUGCAGGUGGGGGACAGCUUGCGAGCUUCCACCUUCCGCAAGGUGCAGACAGAGUCCUCCACUGGCAGCGUGGGCAGCAACCGCAUCCGCACCACUCUCACACUCUGCGUGGAGUCCAUCGACUUCGAUUCGCAGGCAUGCCAGCUACGUGUCAAAGGCACCAACAUCCAGGAGAACGAGUAUGUCAAGAUGGGGGCUUACCACACCAUUGAGCUGGAGCCCAACCGGCAGUUCACCUUGGCAAAGAAGCAGUGGGACAGCGUGAUGCUGGACAGGAUCGAGCAAGCCUGUGAUCCGGCCUGGAGUGCUGAUGUGGCUGCAGUGGUAAUGCAGGAAGGGCUGGCCCAUGUCUGCCUGGUAACCCCUAGCAUGACCCUGACCCGAGCCAAGAUUGAGGUGAACAUCCCUAGAAAGCGGAGAGGAAAUUGCAGUCAGCAUGACCGAGCGUUGGAGAGAUUUUAUGAGCAGGUGAUGCAAGCAAUUCAGCGCCACAUCUCCUUUGACAUUGUGAAGUGUGUACUGGUGGCCAGCCCGGGCUUUGUGAGGGAGCAGUUCUGUGACUACAUGUUUCAGCAAGCAGUGAAAACUGACAACAAACUGUUGCUGGAGAACCGCUCAAAGUUCUUGCAGGUACACUCUUCCUCUGGGCAUAAAUAUGCACUGAAAGAAGCUCUGUGUGACCCAGCUGUGACUAGUCGACUUGCAGAUACGAAAGCUGCUGGUGAAGUCAAAGCCUUAGAUGAUUUCUACAAGAUGCUACAACAUGAGCCUGACCGGGCUUUUUAUGGUAUCAAGCAUGUGGAAAAGGCAAAUGAAGCCAUGGCAAUUGAUACUUUAUUGAUCAGUGAUGAACUCUUUAGGCAUCAAGAUGUAGCUACACGGAGCCGUUAUGUCAAGCUAGUAGACAGUGUGCGUGAUAAUAUGGGUACUGUUCGCAUCUUCUCUAGCCUUCACGUGUCAGGAGAGCAGCUUGGUCAACUUACAGGUGUAGCUGCCAUCUUGCGUUUUCCUGUUGCUGAGCUUUCUGACCAGGAAGAUGAAUCUAGUUCUGAAGAAGAUUGAUGGAACCUUUUCCUUUACUAUAACAGGAUGAAUACAGCACUUGGGAGCUGCUGCUUCUGCAUAUUAUGAGCCUUUGUACUGUGCCUUACAAAUAACUUUUGAGGACAGUAUUUUUGCAAGUGACCUGCAUUUGGCACAAUGUUCAUUGCAGCAUAUUUAUGGAUUUUCCUUGCUGUGUUAUUGAUUAUGAUGGUGGUUGAUGCAAAGAUGUAGAUCUCUGCUAGCAAAAGAGGACUGAGAAAAACACUGAGUUUGUCUCCGUGGACUGUGUUUUGAACAGAAUGUAUAGCUAAGCAACAAACAUCAUUGAUGCUAUGCAGAUGGUGUACAACAAAAUAAACCAAAACCAGGAAAAA